CCAGUCGCCUGUCCCUUCCGGUGGCAUGGAGCAGUCUUCUCCCGCCGCCGAAGUCGUACAUCAGCCUCUGCAUUGUAACGAAACCGGGCAGCCUGUGCCCGCUACGAAUAGCAAGGACCAAGAUCUGACUUCUACAGAAACAGUCGGGUUUCCUCCCGUUGCGGGAGUGGUGGACCAAAGUGUUCUCGUUGCGAAGGGCACGAAGCAGUCUGUGUCCCUGAGGGAGAUUAGUCAGUCUCUCCCCGCCGCUGAGGGCGUGGGCCAGACUCUGCUCUCUGGAGAAACGGACGGGUCACCUGCGACGGGAGACAAUAAUUCGUCUCCGCUCAUUCAGGAAGCGGACCAGUCCGCUUUUUAUGCAGAUGCCGCGAACCGGCCUCCCGGCUGUGAAGGACGGGAUCAACCUCCCGCUGCAGACGAUAUGCACCGGUCUGAUGAGGCUGCGGAAGACCUGGGUCAGCCUGUGGUAUCUGGUGACGACGUAGCUCAGUCGUCAAACAUCGGGGGCUCUGGUGAAACGCGCGUCUCUGAUAGCGGUGUUGAAAGUGCUAGUGCUGCUGAUGCCACGGCCGAGGUCAGUUCCGGCCUGGUUGCUGCAAGUGCGAUCCGGGCGGCGACGGAAGGCCUUGACCGGCAGCAGGUGUCGACCGAACCCAGGCGCCAGUCGUCUUCCUCUUCUGACUGUACCGGCGCGGCGACAGGCGCAGGACCGGGCUCUUCGGCCAGCGCCCCAGCCCCGGCUGCGGAGGGCGACCAGUCGGGAGCGGGGUGGACAUCUGGGGAUUCGUCGCUCGACGGGCCCGACGUCGGUCGCCCAUCCGACACGCCGCACCAGCCGCCGGAGCGCGGCCGCCCGUCCCCCAACGUCAGCUACUGCGUGCUGUGCUGGGACGGCGGCGAGCUGCUGCUCUGCGACUACUGCGAGCGCGCCUUCCACCGUGAAUGCUACGUCGGUCCUGCGGACCACUCUGACAGGGGGCCGUGGCAGUGUCUGAUGUGCCGCGUUAUGCCGACCCCCACGAGUCCGCUGGAGCGGCGCGUCGGUGACCAGAUGAGCACAGAGGACAUGACGUUAGCCCGUCGUUUGCUGAUGGAGCUCUAUGCAGCGUACUAUUCGUCCAUGUACUUCAAAAGCCUGGAGAAUCUAUCGCUGAGGCGCUCAGAGAGCACAUUUUCCCGGCGUUGGGUGAAGCAUAUUCAGACGCGGGCUGAGACCGAAAUGGGGAAGGGCUUCAGCAAGGAGACGGCCUUCUACUCCAGUAUGCACAUCAUCUGCCAACCAUUGAGGGAGAUCAUCGAGUAUGGGAAGAUCGCACGACCCACCUGGCUGGACCAGGUCAGGGACCGGCUGGUCGCAGAGGGCCUCUCCACGCUCAUGGGCUGGCUCCGCGACCUGGAGACGCUCGUGGAUCACAGCACAUCCUCGGAGAACGGCUCACCUGUCCACAAGUACCUGGAGGGGACGAGAGAGGCAUUCAAGCAGUUCAUGCUGCAGCACUUGCGCGUCGCCUGGCUCGAGUUGGACGCGAUGUCGGACGAGAAAUGGCGGCCAGCCGACUGUCCGGAUGAGGCCAACAAAACAAAGUCAAAGACAUGGUGCCCCAAGGUACGCUGCGCUGUUAAGAAAUAGAGAUAGAAAUGGAGAAGUCGCGGCAGGGGGUAUGACGUCACUACGCAAGGCUGGUACAACAUCACUGUCCCGUUGUGAUGUGAUGUGAUGUGAUGUGAUGUGAUGAUGUGAUGUGAACCGGACCCAGAUGUGGACCGGACUAUGUCAAAUAUCUCAGGCCUUAUAUCACUCAGAUGUGAAGAUGUGGUGGACGAUGGUCUUUGGGAGGAGAUUGAUCGUGAUGAGAUGGUCCAUGGGAGGAGAUUGAUCGUGAUGAGUCGAGAAGAGAAGUCGCCUGUGUCGCCAGCCGAGUGACUGCGUGCGCACACUUACCAUGUCUGGAUUAGUGAAGGCGUGUGCCUCUGUUUAUGCGCUGAUUGUAUGGGCUGUGUGAUGCCGCUGAAUCGCCAUUAUUAUGUCACCAUCGGCUGAGCGUGUAGUUGCUGGGCAAAACGAACAACCGCAAAGAACGUGGUGACGAGGGCUCUGCAUCUGUGAUAUCGGCCGUAAGGCGAGUGCUAACCAAGACCUGUUCCUGUCGCGAUUCGCAUUUCGUUGCUUUGUAUUCAGAUAUUAGCCUUUGAUACUCAGACGCGUGUUCCGCUGGCGGGUAGCCAGUGUGAGAAGAUGUGCCCAGAUGCGCCCUCAGCCUGUUCCGCCAGGCAGACGUUGACUGUUUAAUAGAAAAAG